GGUCGCCGCCUUUUGGGCCGCACUCCCGGCGUGCCUCGCACUCGCUGCCUCCCGGCCGCCCCUCCUUCCCUUCGCAGCGCCACGCAGCCGGAGCCCGAGCCGCCGCCGCAGCCUCAGCCGCGGGCGCUAUGGCUUCUGGAGUUACAGUGAAUGAUGAAGUCAUCAAAGUUUUUAAUGAUAUGAAAGUAAGGAAAUCUUCUACACAAGAGGAGAUCAAAAAAAGAAAGAAAGCAGUUCUCUUCUGUUUAAGCGAUGACAAAAGACAAAUAAUUGUAGAGGAAGCAAAGCAGAUCUUGGUGGGUGACAUUGGUGAUACUGUAGAGGACCCCUACACAUCUUUUGUGAAGUUGCUACCUCUGAAUGAUUGCCGAUAUGCUUUGUACGAUGCCACAUACGAAACAAAAGAGUCUAAGAAAGAAGACCUAGUAUUUAUAUUCUGGGCUCCUGAAAGUGCACCUUUAAAAAGCAAGAUGAUUUAUGCUAGCUCUAAAGAUGCCAUUAAAAAGAAAUUUACAGGUAUUAAACAUGAGUGGCAAGUAAAUGGCUUGGAUGAUAUAAAGGACCGUUCAACACUUGGAGAGAAAUUGGGAGGCAACGUAGUAGUUUCACUUGAAGGAAAACCCUUAUAAAAUGACAGUCAAGUGCCAUCUGGAUCUUAAGGAGCUUCCAUUUCUCCAGCUCAGUCAAUUGGAAUAGUAUUAGGUUUUGGUUUUUUUUUUCUUCCUCUUCCCACCGGGUCCUUCCAACACAAUGAAUGAAGGAAAUAUCAUUCAUGUAAGCAGCCUAUCAGUGAUUGCCAUUAGACUGUUUAAUACUGUUACUUUUAUGUAGAACCCAAGGAAUGCCUUCCCAUUAUAUUUUAGCCAAAACAACUGGUUAUAUGCCUCCCUUGCAGCAAGCACUACAAUGAAUGUGAAUGUCAAUGUGAAUAGCUUAGAACACUACAAAGGGUUAAGCUAAUUGAAUGCCUUGAAAGUAUUAUCCACUGGUGAGAUGGUAAACUUUAUUCAGUAUUAUUUAUAGUUGCACUUGAUUGCAGUUCUGUGAGGCUUGAGCAUUCAUACACCUCACCUGCCUUGGCAAGCCUAUUUUUUGUGACAUGGCAGCACAGAUAUAAUACUAUGCAUUGAAAGCACUUUUUUUGUAAUGAGUUUAAUCCCCCACCCCAAAAGGAAUGCCAAUUAAGUUAACUGUGUCAUCAGCUUAUCCUAGUACCUCAGUGUUCAUUCCUGUUACCUGCAUAUCUUCCUAAAAGGAAUAGCUGUUAUUAAUGCCUUUUUGUUUUCCAUUGAGUGUACACUACUGAAUAAGUGUAGGAGUUUUAUGUUUACCAUGUAAGUCUUGCGACACUAAAGAUAUUUUGAAUAUCAGUCAUGAUGGCAGUUUCUGUAUAAAAGAGCCUUAAAUGGAACUUUGUUUUUGAGAUCAAACCCCACCCUCACAAAAAUGGCCACGUUGCAAUAAAAAUUGUGGCAUAUUACA